CUGUAUAGUAAAUGUCACUGGAAAGCCACCAGAUUGCAGCUAAGGAAACUGACUUGCCUGAGGCCACAUCUCCCUGACCGGGAUUCCAGGCUUGAGUCUCCGCCCCUGCUGCUCUGGAUCCACCGUGAAAGCGUUCACCUCUCUCUUUCCCCACAGCUGCCCCUCCUGAUGCCCUGUGCCUUCCCCCCUCACUCAGGAUGCUCCAGACCUUGUACGAUUACUUCUGGUGGGAGCGGCUGUGGCUGCCUGUGAACUUAACCUGGGCCGAUCUAGAAGACCGGGAUGGACGUGUCUAUGCCAAAGCCUCUGACCUCUAUGUCACACUACCCCUGGCCUUGCUCUUCCUCAUCAUCCGACACUUCUUUGAGCUUUACGUGGCUACGCCUCUGGCUGCCCUCCUGAAUGUCAAGGAGAAAACUCGGCUGCGGGCACCUCCCAAUGCCACCCUGGAGCACUUCUACCUGACCAGCGGCAAGCAACCCAAGCAGGCGGAGGUGGAGCUUUUGUCCCGCCAGAGUGGGCUCUCUGGCCGCCAGGUGGAGCGCUGGUUCCGCCGCCGCCGCAACCAGGACCGGCCCAGUCUCCUCAAGAAGUUCCGAGAAGCCAGCUGGAGGUUCACAUUUUACCUGAUUGCCUUCAUCGCUGGCAUGGCUGUCAUUGUGGAUAAGCCCUGGUUCUAUGACAUGAAGAAAGUUUGGGAGGGCUAUCCCAUACAGAGCACUGUCCCUUCCCAGUACUGGUACUACAUAAUUGAACUUUCCUUCUACUGGUCCCUGCUCUUCAGCAUUGCCUCUGAUGUCAAGCGAAAGGAUUUCAAGGAACAGAUCAUCCACCACGUGGCCACCAUUAUCCUCAUCAGCUUCUCCUGGUUUGCCAAUUACAUCCGAGCUGGCACCCUCAUCAUGGCUCUGCAUGACUCUUCCGACUACCUGCUGGAGUCAGCCAAGAUGUUUAACUAUGCGGGAUGGAAAAACACCUGCAACAACAUCUUCAUCAUCUUCGCCGUUGUUUUCAUCAUCACCCGACUGGUCAUCCUGCCCUUUUGGAUACUGCACUGCACCCUGGUGUACCCACUGGAGCUCUACCCGGCCUUCUUUGGCUAUUACUUCUUCAACUCCAUGAUGGGCGUGUUACAGCUGCUGCACAUCUUCUGGGCCUACCUCAUUCUGCGCAUGGCCCACAAGUUCAUAACUGGAAAGUUGGUAGAAGACGAACGCAGUGACCGGGAAGAAACGGAGAGCUCAGAGGGGGAGGAGGCUGUGGCCGGGGGAGGAGCAAAGAGCCGGCCCCUAGCCAAUGGCCACCCCAUCCUCAAUAACAACCAUUGCAAGAAUGACUGAACCAUGAUGCCAGCUGCCUCCCAGAUGAAUGCAUAAAGCCAAGGAACUACCCUGCCCUCCCUCUUGGGUCACUUUCAGCUCUGGGGAGAAAGGAGAAAGUGAGAGGAACAAUCUCUGUACCCUUCCUCCUUGCUUUGUCACCCAGUUGCCUUCAAACCAAAUUCUUACCAGCCGAUCCCCAGGCAGAGGGGAGGCUGGAUAUAUCCUUUGUAUGAGGGGGGAUAGUCCUGUUUUCCUCUCUAUCCUCCGAGCUAUCCUUACUAUUGCUUUUGAAACCCUUCCUCUGCUCGGGGUAGGGGUUAUACUCACAUUCCUUACUCUUAGAAUUGGGCCUUCAUUGUUUGCCUUGACUCCCUGGCCUCCAGAGCCAGGGUUGUGCCUUACUGUCCCAUCUGUGGGCCUCAUUCUGCCAAAGUUGGACCAAGGCUCACCAUUCUAAGCUCCCUAACUUGGGCCAGAAACCAAAGCUGAGCUUUUAACUUUUUUCACUCUGAGACACAGAUGAAUUGAGUGGGGGGGGGGUCCAUGUGACCUUUACUGCACCUCUGCCAAAAAGUGGGGACUGUACUAGGGACUGCUCGGAUGAUCUCUCCUUGUGUUAGUUCCCAGCCUGCUGUCCCUGCAGCCACAGGCCCAGGAUCUGACUGCCUCCUUUCUCUGGCCUCUUCCCCUUCCCUCUUCUCUUCAACUAGACUAGCUGGUUUGGAGUAGAAGGGCAACUAAUUCUAAUUUUUAUUUAUUAAAUAUUUGGGGUUUUGGUUUUAAAGCCAGAAUUACAGCUAGCACCUAGCAUUUCAGCAGAGGGACCAUUUCAGACCAAAAUGUACUGUUAAUGGUUUUUUUUUAAUUAAAAUAUAUUAAAGAGUAAAUAAAACAUGGCAACAAGUGUCAGACUAUGAGGAAUUGAGAAGGGGGAUCAACUAAAUAAACUAAGAUAGUCUUUCUUA